AUGAAGCACCUCGCAGCCUAUCUCCUGCUCGGCGUCGGCGGCAACGCGUCGCCCUCCGCCAAGGACGUCAAGAAGGUCCUCGCCGCCGUCGGCAUCGAGGCCGAUGACGAGCGCCUCAAGCAGCUCAUCUCCGAGCUCGAGGGCAAGGACAUCAACGAGCUGAUCGCCUCUGGUUCCGAGAAGCUCGCCUCCGUUCCCUCUGGCGGUGCUGGCGGUGCUGCCGCCGGUGGUGCUGCUGCUGGUGGCGCCGCUGCGGCCCCCGCCGAGGAGGCCAAGAAGGAGGAGGAGAAGGAGGAGUCCGACGAGGACAUGGGUUUCGGUCUGUUCGACUAA